AGUAAGAGGAAUAAAGAGCAUUGAAUGCAUUUUGCAACUUCUUUGGACACACAUCACUUGCCUCUUCACUACUUACUGUUUACUUCCUACAUUCUCUCUAAUUCUCUUCCUCUUUAUAUUCCCUCUCAAAGGUUUUGCUGCUCUUCCAAUCAAAAUUUGACCUCCUUCCUUCUACCUUCCUCUUCCCUUCUGUCUCUUUCAAAGCCAUGAAUAAUCCAUCAGAAGAGUUUCUAGAACAGGGAAUAUCUCAACAGACUUGGUUCCCUUGAGCUUGUGAGUGAUAGUCAUUUCCGGGAGCUUGCUCUCUUGGAUGAAUGAUUAGUGAAAAUGCUUCUCUAUAAGAUGAGGUGUGGGGGUUUGAAAAUUAGGAAAUGGGAAUCUAAUGGAAGGACAGAAGCUGCUUACUUGCUCAUAUUUGCACAUUUCUCCCUAAGUUUGAGUUGGGUUUUCGGUUUUCUGUGUCUCUGUGUUGUACUAGUCCUGGAAAAAUUUAGAGAAUUGAACCUGUGAGUUAUUCCAUUGCAUUACUUGGGAAAAUAGAGGAUGUCAUAUUAAGCUUUAUUGUAUACUAGAACUACACCUUGAAAGGUGUCCAAGGAAGCGCUGUCAGCCUGAGGCAGAAUGAAGUUAUGAAUUUUAUGGACUCCCAGAUUCAAUGCAGGAAGCUAAUUUUUGAUAAUACUGCUUGUCUCGUUUAUCUUUCUACUGGUUUUAUCGGUGAGGGGGGGUUGAAACAUUGAUAGAUUUUGGUUUUCUGGGUCAGAACUUGAGGAAGGCUUCUUGCAUGACCGUGGUUACUUUAGCUUAUCAAAGCCUUGGAGUUGUCUACGGUGACCUCAGUACCUCUCCUCUCUAUGUUUACAAGACCACCUUCUCAGGGAAGUUGAGCCUCCAUGAGAAUGAUGAGGAGAUUUAUGGCGUGCUUUCCUUUAUCUUCUGGACAUUUACUUUCAUUGCUCUCUUUAAAUAUAUCUUGAUUGUGAUGUCAGCCGACGAUAAUGGUGAAGGUGGUACCUUUGCAUUGUAUUCUCUUCUGUGCCGGCACGGGAGCCUAAGCAUUCUACCAAAUCAACAAGCUACAGAUGAAACGUUGUCGGCAUAUGCAACACAUGGAUCCAUGGAGACAUGGCAGAGCUCUGCUCUGAAGUCAUUCUUUGAGAAACAUCCUAGAUUUCGUAAAGGGUUGUUCAUUUUUGUUAUUCUGGGAACCUGUAUGACGAUUGGUGAUGGAGUACUCACACCUACAAUAUCAGUUCUUUCAGCAGUUUCAGGAGUCAAACUUAAGAUCACAGCACUCCAUGAGAAUUACGUUGUUUUGCUCUCAUGUGUCAUCAUUGUGGGGCUAUUCUCGCUUCAGCAUCAUGGAACACACAGAGUUGCUUUCAUGUUUGCUCCAAUUGUCGCAGCAUGGCUUCUGUGUAUAAGCAGCAUUGGAAUAUAUAACAUAUUUAGAUGGAAUCCACACAUAUUUCAUGCACUUUCUCCAGUUUACAUGUUGAAGUUCCUUAAGAGCACAGGCACGGAAGGAUGGAUCUCAUUAGGAGGAGUGGUUCUUUCAAUCACAGGUGUGGAGACAAUGUUUGCUGAUUUGGGCCAUUUCUCUUCGCUGUCAAUAAGGGUAGCCUUCACAUUUCUGGUGUAUCCCUGUUUGGUUCUUGCAUAUAUGGGUGAGGCUGCUUUCCUCUCUAAGCACCACGAAGAUAUCCAGAGGAGCUUCUAUAAAGCCAUACCAGAAGCUGUUUUUUGGCCAGUGUUCAUUGUGGCCACUUUUGCUGCUGUUGUUGGAAGUCAAGCCGUAAUAUCAGCUACCUUCUCCGUUAUAAGCCAGUGCUGUGCACUGAAUUGCUUUCCCUACGUGAAAAUCAUUCAUACUUCAAGCAAAAUAUAUGGGCAGAUAUACAUUCCAGAGGUCAACUGGAUAUUAAUGUGCCUCUGUUUAGCCGUGACAAUAGGAUUGAGAGACACCAACAUGAUGGGUCAUGCAUAUGGUCUGGCAGUGACUACGGUAAUGUUUGUCACAACCUGCUUGAUGGCAUUAGUGAUGAUAAUCGUCUGGAAGCAAAGGAUAGCUAUUGCCGUUGCAUUCUUAGUAAUUUUUGGAUCAAUGGAAUUGCUUUACAUCUCAGCAUCUGUUUACAAGGUUCCUGAAGGGGGUUGGAUUCCACUAGUGCUUGCUUUCAUCUUUAUGGCUAUAAUGUAUAUAUGGAACUAUGGAAUGACUAAGAAGCACGAUUUUGAUGUGGAGAACAAGGUUUCAAUGGAUAGGAUAGUGGCUUUAGGUCCUAGCCUUGGCAUGGUAAGGGUCGCUGGGAUUGGUCUUAUUUACACUAAUCUGGUAACAGGGGUUCCAGCUGUUUUUGGACACUUUGUCACAAACUUACCUGCAUUCCAUCAAGUGCUGGUCUUUGUUUGCGUCAAAUCUAUCCAAGUUCCAUACAUUAGUGAAAAAGAACGGUUGGUCAUUAGUAGGGUAGGUCCAAAGGAGUGUUGCAUGUUCCGGUGCAUCAUCAGGUAUGGUUACAAAGAUCUGCAGCAAGAAAACUAUGAUUUCGAAAACAGAUUGGUAUCAGGGAUAGUACAAUUUGUGGAAGCAGAAGAAGAUAGUACCUUAAAACCAACUUCUACACCAUGUGGAGAGUUGCGAAACUUGGAUAUUAAAACUUUUGAAGCUCAAGAUCACACAUUAACAGAUUCAAAGUUCAAGGAUAGCAAUAUUAUGGAGCAGUCUUGUUGUGAUAUUUUAGAGACAAAAACUGGUAUGGAGCAUUCGGGAAGUUCUCCCCUGAAGGAAGAGUCUCUGCAAAUAUUAAGAGCCAAAGAAUCUGGGGUUACUUUUAUUUUAGGCCAUUCUUAUGCAAAGGCAAAGAAAUCAUCUUCCAUUCUCAAGAAAUUCGCCAUAAAUGUCAUAUAUUCCUUUCUGAGCAAGAAUUGCAGAGAACCUGAUGUGGUACUGAAUGUGCCUCAUACUUCUUUGCUAGAAGUUGGUAUGGUUUAUUAUGUCUAACUUCAUAAUAAGAGUAAAUGUACAUUAUCCCAAGGGAAGGACCCUUACAUGUGAACAAACAGAGCGAGUAAAGCAUCCCAGUAUUUGUCCCAUUGGUUGGUGUAUUAUCCCCUAAUUAAAUAGCAAUGUUCAAAUCCCUCCUCUUUUAA